AGUGACGGAGGAAAACUAGAGCAACGGUGAAUCGGAGAUACAGCAAGCCUUUGAGUUCCAUUUCUUGCAGCGGAGAAAGGCACCCCACCUGAACCACACGGAGAAGACCAAAAUGAGCGCAUAUACCUAGAGCGUAUUUUGGCGUCUCCUUUCAUUUACCAAGAGCGUUAAUGGGACAUCAAACCUUUGUAAUGUCCUUAUUACAGUAAUCACGUUUGCCAGUAAAAACAAUUAGAUUUUGCUUGUUAGCUAACCAGCUAACUGUACGUCGGUAUAACCAGCCAGUUAUAGCGGUUGCAGGAUUUAGCAACCCUUAGGUAAGGUACGCAUAGACUACAAUAGCAUCGCAUGAGCGGUAGUCGCGUAAACUAGUCGUUAAUUACGUCUGAAUAUCAGUUUGUAGGGCUCAGAGCGAAGGAUUAGGGAGCCGGGGAAACAAGGAGAAGGUGGGGCCGAAGAGAGUCAAACGGACUAAGCGCUCGCUGGCUGGCUUGGUCCUCAUCUGAGGCAUUCGCGGACGGUUUGGGAAAAAUAUUCCGCCCAUAGGAAUUUUGGAAGCUUUCGGAACGAUUGUUCGGAGAUACCUUCGUCGCCCACGGGAAGAUCAGAAGUUGCAACAUCAGACAAUUUUUAUUGUGGUCGGUGUCUUGCCCUGAUACAGCCAACCGUUGUGUUAGGAUUUGGGGGAAUAUUUUCCCCAGUCUUGUUGGACCAUGGCCGACGACGACGUUCUCUUUGAAGAUGUGUACGAGCUGUGCGAGGUCAUUGGAAAGGGGCCGUUCAGUGUGGUACGGCGAUGCAUCAACAGAGAGACAGGACAACAGUUUGCGGUGAAGAUCGUGGACGUGGCAAAAUUCACUUCCAGUCCCGGCCUCAGCACAGAAGAUCUCAAAAGAGAAGCCAGUAUCUGUCACAUGCUCAAGCACCCUCACAUUGUGGAGCUGCUGGAAACCUACAGUUCAGAUGGCAUGCUCUACAUGGUCUUCGAGUUUAUGGAUGGAGCUGACCUGUGUUUCGAAAUCGUUAAAAGAGCAGAUGCUGGCUUUGUCUACAGUGAAGCUGUCGCCAGUCACUACAUGAGACAGAUCCUUGAGGCGCUGCGCUAUUGCCAUGACAACAACGUCAUUCAUCGAGAUGUAAAGCCCCACUGUGUGUUACUGGCAUCAAAGGAGAAUUCUGCGCCUGUUAAACUGGGAGGUUUCGGGGUGGCCAUACAGCUUGGAGAAUCUGGACUGGUAGCAGGAGGGAGAGUGGGCACCCCACACUUCAUGGCCCCGGAGGUGGUGAAACGUGAGCCCUACGGUAAGCCGGUAGACGUGUGGGGCUGUGGGGUCAUCCUAUUCAUCCUGCUCAGUGGAUGCCUGCCCUUCUACGGCACCAAGGAGAGGCUCUUCGAAGGCAUCAUUAAAGGGAAAUACAAGGUAAUGAACCCGCGCCAGUGGAGCCACAUCUCCGAGAGCGCCAAAGACCUGGUCCGUCGCAUGCUGAUGCUGGACCCCGCAGAGAGGAUCACCGUCUACGAGGCCCUCAACCACCCCUGGCUGAAGGAGAGGGACCGCUAUGCCUACAAGAUUCACCUUCCUGAGACAGUUGAACAGCUGAGGAAGUUCAACGCCCGGAGGAAGCUAAAGGGGGCAGUGCUGGCAGCAGUGUCCAGCCACAAGUUCAACUCCUUUUACGGGGACCCGCCAGAGGAGCUGCCUGAUUUCUCUGAAGACCCCACUUCCUCAGGACUACUUGCUGCAGAGAGAGCCGUAUCCCAGGUGCUGGACAGUCUGGAGGAGAUCCACGCCCUGACGGACUGCAGUGAGAAAGACCUGGACUUCCUGCACAGUGUCUUUCAGGACCAACACCUCCACACACUACUGGACCUGUACGACAAGAUCAACACCAAGUCUUCUCCGCAGAUCAGGAACCCACCGAGUGACGCAGUCCAGAGAGCCAAAGAGUCCUCUGAAGACGAAGCAGGCACGGCUUUGACUCGUCUGGAAUGUGUACUGGAAGAGAUCUCCUGCUACCCAGAAAAUGGCGAUGCCAAGGAGCUGAGAAGGAUCCUCACUCAGCCACAUUUUAUGGCCCUGCUUCAGACCCAUGACGUGGUGGCCCACGAGGUGUACAGUGACGAGGCCCUGAGGGUCACUCCUCCCCCCACCUCGCCGUACCUGAACGGAGACUCACCUGAGAGCACCAACGGAGACAUGGACCUGGAGAACGUCACACGUGUGCGCCUCGUCCAGUUUCAGAAGAACACCGACGAGCCCAUGGGCAUCACGCUGAAGAUGAACGACCUCAACCACUGCAUUGUGGCAAGAAUAAUGCAUGGAGGCAUGAUCCACAGACAAGGAACGUUGCAUGUCGGAGACGAGAUCCGUGAAAUCAAUGGCAUCAGUGUGGCCAACCAGACGGUGGAGCAGCUGCAGAAGAUGCUGAGGGAAAUGAGGGGGAGCAUCACCUUUAAGAUUGUGCCAAGCUACCGUACACAGUCAUCGUCCUGCGAGAGAGAGUCCCCCUCCACCUCCCGACAGUCCCCAGCCAAUGGCCACGCCAGCGUAAACAGUUCUAUCUUGGACCUGCCGUCAACCAUCCAGGCCAAAGGACGCCAGAUUACCGCCAGACCACCCCCUGCAAUCAAGGUUGAUAAAAUGUCUGUCAAGAUCUACGUGCGGGCGCAGUUCGAGUACGACCCGUCCAAGGACGAGCUCAUCCCCUGCAAGGAGGCCGGCAUUCGCUUCCGAGUGGGUGACAUCAUCCAGAUCAUCAGCAAGGACGACCACAACUGGUGGCAGGGUCGCCUGGAGAACACCAAGAACGGCACGGCCGGCCUCAUACCCUCGCCCGAGCUGCAGGAGUGGCGAGUUGCUUGUAUAGCGAUGGAGAAGACCAAACAGGAGCAGCAGGCUAGCUGUACCUGGUUUGGCAAGAAGAAGAAGCAGUACAAAGACAAGUACUUAGCAAAGCACAACGCAGUAUUUGAUCAACUAGAUCUCGUCACAUAUGAAGAGGUGGUCAAGCUGCCCGCCUUCAAGAGGAAAACGCUAGUCUUGUUAGGAGCCCAUGGCGUAGGCAGACGACACAUUAAAAACACGCUUAUCACCAAACACCCCGACAGAUUCGCCUACCCUAUUCCACACACAACCAGACCUCCAAAGAAGGACGAGGAGAAUGGUAAGAACUACUUCUUUGUAUCGCACGACCAAAUGAUGCAGGACAUCUCCAACAACGAGUACCUGGAGUACGGCAGUCACGAGGACGCCAUGUACGGCACGCGCCUGGAGACGAUACGCAAGAUCCACGAGCAAUGCAACAUCGCCAUCCUGGACGUGGAGCCUCAGGCCCUGAAGGUCUUGCGCACAGCGGAGUUUGCGCCCUAUGUGGUCUUCAUCGCUGCCCCAACUAUCACACCCGGCAUGAACGAGGAUGAGUCGUUGCAGCGGCUGCAGAAGGAGUCGGAGAUCCUGCAGAAGACGUACGCGCACUACUUCGACCUGACCAUCAUCAACAACGAGAUCGACGAGACCAUCAGACACCUGGAGGAAGCCAUCGACCUGGUGUCCACCACCGCCCAAUGGGUGCCCGUCUCCUGGGUCUACUAGAGCACACAGACACACACGCAGACACACACACACACACACACACACACAGAUGCACACACACAUAUGUCCCCCAGUGCCCUGAUCUAUCCUUCAUCCCUAAGUCCCAGUGCCCCCCCUCUCUGACCCCCCCCCCCCCCCCCUUCUUUGCAAUGCAUCUCUUCAAAUAUUCAUCAUUCCCUGGAGAAAAAAAGAAGAAAAGAAAAACGCACCUCUGACGCUCUGACCACCUCAGUGUCCAUGACCUGCAGUCAGUCUCGGCCCCCUUACAGACUACCUAGACGUAGUGUUGUAUUUAAAAAGAGAUAAAAACACAUAAAAAUAAAUAAUUGAAUUAAAUAUUGUCAUGUCCUUAUAGCUAGGAGGCAACAUUUUGUAGACUUUUAUUUUAAAGAGACAGUAUCUAAAAAUGCCCCCACCCCCCCCCCCACAAUCCUGUUCAUGUCGCCAGUUAUCAUGGUAGUGGUGUAGUGUAGUGUUUUUAUUUUUGUGUUUACUUUGCAAUCUAGUAAUGCUUUCGCCCAUCUGUGUCCUAGACACCGCUGGAUCGAGCACUACUCUGUAAAACUGAGGAAAAGCACACAAACGAACCACGGUGUCAUUAGUGUCGCCCACACCAUUGCCUCCUCACUGGCAAACCCACACCAUUGCCUCCUCACUGGCAAACCCACACCACUGCCUCCUCACUGGCAAACCCACACCAUUGCCUCCUCACUGGCAAACCCACACCAUUGCCUCCUCACUGGCAAACCCACACCAUUGCCUCCUCACUGGCAAACCCACACCAUUGCCUCCUCACUGGCAAACCCACACGCCCCACCCCCCCCAAACUUCUGAUCUAUUCGAGGCUUCCCUGCAUUUUUAAGCCUUGCCAUAGCACACUUGCAUUUGUGAUCAAUUCCCAAAGGAUCUCUUCUGCCUUAUGGUGCAUCAUCAAACAUACAAUCACACAAGCUCUUCUCGCUCAACAGCAGUACAAGCUCCUAUUGUGUCUCAGCAGCAGUUCUGUGGUCCCCCCAAGAUACUGUCUCUCUAAAUGAAUACAUAAAUGUGUUAGAGAUUUGAAUGAGGUCUUCUGCAUGUGAACAUUCGCAAAAAGCUCCCAUGCUCUCUCUCUCUCUCUCUCUCUCUCUCUCUCUCUCUCUCUCUCUCUCUCUCUCUCUCUCUCUCUCUCUCUCUCAGUGUUAGCUGUCUAUCUGCUGUCUGUCAGAGCAGAGAACAUUCCAUUCGUCUGACUUUGAAAAAAGAAAAAAAAAAACUCAAAUCAAGGGAAGCCGGACAAGAAAAGAAAAAAAAACAAAAGUAAGAAUAAAAGGUAACAAAAAAUAAUAAAAUCAUUCAAAAAAGAUAAGAAAAUUACACCUAUGCACAUCCCAUGCAUUUCGGGGCGACUUUCUGAACCGAAUGAUUUUUAUCAACCAUGUAGUGAGAUGUGUUUGUAAAUUGUCUCAAUUUGAUUUAUUGUAAGGUACAUAAGGGGGAUUUAAAAAAAAUAAUACUAACUCUAUUCCAGAUUUGCCAUUUCAGUGAGGAAAAGCAGUUGUUGUCUGAGAGUAUUAUUGUUCUUAUUAAGUUGAAAUCAAAAGGAAAAUAAUGCUGAUUUUUAUUAUUCUCUGUGUCAUUGUUUCAAAAAAAGUAAGAGGUG